AUGAUGAAUGAAAAUACAUCUAUGAAGCAACGAUUAGCAUCUAUGGCUUAUUUAAAUAUUGGCAAUCAGAGUAUCAGUGGUUCAAAUCGUAGUCGUCGUUCAUCAUGGUCUGAUUCUAAGAAAGUUUGGAAUGUUGAUGAUGAAUCAGAAAAUUACUCUGAUUCACGUACAUUAAUAUUAAAAAAAUUAGAUAUGUAUUAUCGUACAAUCAAACGUCAAAUUCUUGCUUUUCAAAGUUUAACAACUGGUCUAUUCUUAAAUCAUCUUGGUCAAGAGAAACAUAUUGCAAAUGUUGUUGAAAAUGUUUUUUGUGCUACUGCAGUAUGGUCAUUACGACAAUGUUAUUGUAAAAUUGAUAAUGAUCAAGGACGAGCACAUGAAUUAGGACAAGCAGCUGUUAAAUGUAUGCGUGGAAUUCUUAUUUGUUGGAUGAAACAAUCAAAUAAACUUGAAGUAUUUAAAGGUGAACAAUCACCAAAAGAUGCUUUACAUUCGAAAUUUAAUGUAAUUGAUGGUAGUGAAAUUGAAGGAAUAGAUGAAGUUGGUCAAUUACAAAUAUGUGCAAUUUCUAUUUAUUUAUUAACACUUGCACAAAUGAUUACAUCAAAUCUUGAAAUUAUUUUUUCUAUUGAUGAAGUUAAUUUUGUGCAACAACUUGUUUUUUCAAUUGAACGUGCUUAUCGUACACCUGAUUAUGGUAUUUGGGAACGAGGUAGUAAAUAUAAUACAAAUACAUGUGAACUUCAUGCUAGUUCAAUUGGUAUGGCAAAAGCAGCACUCGAAGCAAUGAAUGGUUUUAAUUUAUAUGGAGAGAGAGGAGCUAGUUGGUCUGUUGUUUAUGUUGAUGUGGAUGCUCAUAAUCGAAAUCGAAUUACAUUUGAUACACUUCUUCCACGAGAAUCAGCUUCAAAAAAUACCGAUGCUGCUCUAUUACUAACAGUAGGUUGGCCAACAUUUGCUGUACAUGAUGCAACACUUGUAGACAAUACAGUAAGAAAAUGUAUAAGAAAAUUACGUGGUACACAUGGUUUUAAACGUUUUCUACGUGAUGGUCAAUAUACAGAUCUAGAAUCAGAAGAUCAACGAUUUUAUCAAGAAACUGAAAUUAAAAAAUUUGAUAAGAAUGAAUGCGAAUGGCCCAUGUUUUUUGCACUAAUGGCAAUCGAUGGUAUUUUCAAAAAUAAUUCAGCUCAAGUUGAUGAAUAUCUUACUGCAUUAAAUCCACUUUUACGACGAACAACUGAAGUGACCCCAAAAAAACCUUGUCAUGCGAGUUCACGUUCAAACAAUUCAGAAUUAAAUUCACCAAAACCACGUGAUAUGAUGGUUCAUUAUUAUUAUGUUGAUCAUUUAAAACAACAAAAUAGUAGUCAAAGUGAUUCGAGUAAUCGAAACAAUGAUCAACAACGAACAUUUAGUUGUAGUGCAGAAGUUCUAUAUGGAAAAUAUUUCCUUUUUGGUCAAUCAAUUUGGAUCAUAUGUCAAUUACUUAAUGAUAAAAUUUUAACAAUAAGUGAUCUUGAUCCAAUUCGACGUUAUUUACCUCCAUGUGAUCGACCAAAACAAAACUCGAGAUAUUCAUCUAUACAAGAUUCAUCACGUUAUCAAUAUUCAUUAAAUAUACCUAAAACAAUAUCAAAUCAAUCAUAUGAUUCUAAAAAACAAACAAAAGGAUCAAUAAUAUCAAAUGUUACGUUUUCUGAUCUAGUCAUUCAUAUUGUUGCUAUAUCUGAAUCAGUUCGUUUACAACAAGUAUUAGCAACAUAUGGUAUUCAAACUCAAACACCAAAACAAAUCGAACCACUUUUAAUACUACCACCAGCAGAAUUAGUUAAAGCAUAUGCUAAUUUAGGUGCUAAUAAAAAACUUGGUUUUACUGGACGUCCUGAACGACCAUUCGGUGUAUUGGGUACAUGUAAAGUGUAUCGCAUUAGUUCAAAAACAGUUUUAUGUUAUCCAUUAACAUUUGAAACAACGGAUUUUUAUAUGUCAAGUGAUAUGACUUUAUUACUAGAUAAUAUUCGAAGUGAUUUAGAAUUUAUUACAAAAUGUUGGCGUUUAAAAGGUCGACCAAUUUAUGUAAUAAUGUUACGUGAACGUCAUCUUCGCGGCCCACAAAAAUCAGAACUUCUAGAAUUAUUAACACAAAUUCGUCAAGGCAAAAUUUCGUCAAGUAUAUGUGUACGACUUGAACGUUUACAGACUGCUAUAUCAAGUGCUUGUAUAGAACAUCUAGACUUUUUAAAUACUUCAAUAUGUCCACCUAGUGAUUGGGAAUCAGUUGCUGUAGCUGAAUAUAGAAAUACAAAUGAUACUGGACAUUAUAAAUCAUUGACAGAUGUUGCGAAAACACCCGUUCUUAGUGAAGAUAUUGAUUAUAAUAAUAAUAAAUUUAAAACAUUCUCUCAAUCGGAAUUACGUGAUUAUAUUUGUGAUACAGAUAUAUCAAUAGUUUCAUUAAAAGAUCAUACAUUAGCUACAUAUGAAUUAUAUAAAAAUGGUGGUCUCGAUUGGAUGAUCAAAGAAAAUUAUCGUGUAAGAAAUCAUUUAGAACAUUUAAUGAAAGAAGCAGGAACAUAUCAGAAUUGGGCUGUUCUUCGUUUUGUAUCUAGUCUUUUACAUAAAAUGGUUGAUAGUUUAGCUCCAGCUGUUACUAAUUUACUUGUACGAGGCAAAAUAGUUACUAUGGGAAUAUUUGGUCAUGAAGAAACAGUUAUUGAUAAACCGAUGCGUCCAAAUGAAAUUUUUAAAAUACUUUAUAGUGAAAAUAUAUUUGGUCGAAGUAUAUUUCAUGCUGUUCUUCUACAAGAAUUACUUAUUAAUAUUGCAGUAUUUAUGAAUACAUAUCCACAAUUGUUUAAUGGUAUUCUAAAAAUACGACUUGGAUGGAUACUUGAAGCAAUCAAACUUGAAUUAGAACAUCUUAAAACUGAUCCUGAUGAGACAGUAACAUUAAAUAUAUUAUCACCAAAUAGUAUUAAACAAUUACUUGAUUAUGUUUUAUCAACUGAUUCACAACAAUCAACACAACAAGGUGGUGAUAGUAGUGAACAACGAUCCGCAUUUCAAAAGAGACAAAUGGAUGGAGCUGUAUCACGUGUACCAACGAAUUUUUAUGAACAUGUUUGGUCUAUACUUGAACGAACGCCAGGAGGUAUUAAAUUAUGUAAUAUUUUACUUCCACAACAACCAACAUUAUCCGAUAUGACAGAUUAUGAAUUGAAUUUUUCAUUAAAAAUUGAAGAAAUGCUUAGUCGAGUAGCUGAUCCAGCAUAUCGUUGUCUUGUUGUUGAGAUGUUUGAAGCAAUAAAUGUUUUACUUAAACGAAAUCCUGAAUUGCGAUUUAUUCAAACACUUGAUGUUAAUUAUUUAAUUGAUGAAGCUGUUAAAUUAUUUCAACAACAAACAAAUUCAACAGAAUCGUAUCAAGAUUUUUAUAAUCUACCAAUUAGUCUUGUAGGUGGUUCAACUGGAUAUAUGAUUCGAGUCAUAAUUAAUUAUUUAUUUAAUGCAACUAUCCAAAAAUCUGAUACCAACGAUUUAAAUAUAAAUACAAAUAUUGAUGUAUGCAAAAUAUCAUAA